AUGACAUCCAUUAGAGCUGUUGAUUCAAUCAUCGAGGUUAUAAUCAGCAUCGGCCAACUUGGACAGCAUGUUACUGUGCCUGUUCGCCUGACAAUGCCCCAGGCUUCUAGUACCAGCACUACCAGCGGAAAUGUUGCUUCAGAACAAGCGAUUGUUUCCUCAACAAAUUCUCGUGCUUUUUCAAGUCAGCGAUCUCGUCGUUCUCUUGGGGAGGGACGUCAUUCUACUGGAUCUCAAGAAACGGAACAUACAGGAUUGUUUUACACUUUGUUGGACAACCUUCUUCCUUCAUGGGAUGCGCGAUUGGGCUUAACUGUCUUGAUAGUUAUCACCCUUCUGUUGAUCCUCUUAUCCCGCAAUUUGCCCUCUUACUCUUUUGUCUCUAAGACUCUUGGCAGCCUCGACACUGGCCUUCCAACUCCACGUUCUCCUAACUCUCUAUCCAGAGGUCGUUUUCAGCUCUCAAAUACUGAUUAUAGCUCUUGGCUUUGGAGCAACCCUAUCAGGUCGCCCCCACAAUCGAUGUCCUCGGCAUCCGAUAUCCGCUUAGAUGGCAUGUUCUCUCAUGGUCGACAAUCUAUUGGGAUCGCCUCUCCAAUACCUCAAAAACGUAUUUCUCCUUAUGGUGGUCAUUUUGACGGACCGAAGCCACACGGAAUUGCUGACGGGGGCAGUGGCGACGUAACUUCUUCCCUUUGGUCAACUCAGCGCCGAAAUAUUGAUGGUGGCCCGUUACGCCUAAGGAGCGCAUUUGACGCAAGCUUUUGA